CAAGAACCUCAGAACCCAUGAUCAACACGCUGUCGGAGUGGAGGAAAUUGAAGAAUACCCUGAGGAUGGGAUGUGGGAAUUCGAGGAAAACAUGGAUGAGCAAUGAUGAAGAUACCUUGAAGGCUAUGGCCGUUGAUGAUGACGGUGCUUCCUUGGCUGUACAAUUUGAGAACGCAAUGAUGGACAGCAUCCAGGAGGACAAGGAGCUAGCAACAGUCUAUGUGUCCAAGCGGAACUGGUCAUUGCAGCACCAUCGUAUUCGCAUUCCACGACCCAUGACGGACAGGUUUGAUCUGUCCCGGGCCCAACCACAGAAGGAGUGGUGGAGAGAAAGGCGGAUAGCGCCUGCCACUUUCUUUGGAUUUCCUGAUGUGACCAAGGCAGGUCUUCGAGGAGGCAGCUUGUAUGUGGAACAAAUGGACGCUGUGACUUUGGCGGUGCUGACUGACAAGUGUGUGCAGGAAGACAUUUGGGACCCCGAGAUGUGGAUGAAGUUUGCUUGGCGUGCCCAGCAGCUUUGUGCUCGCACUCAUGAGCCUGACUUGUGCUACAUUUUCCGCGCAUUUGCGCGUGCUGAUUGGUUUGAUCAGAACUUUUUGACAACAUACCUCGGACGCCUCCAUCGCAGGCUGCCAAUGUUUCAGCUGCCUGACGUGGCAGUGCUGCUUGAAGCCUUUGCCAAUCCUCGCUUCAGGCAAGGCGAAUACCUUCAGAGGAGUCUCACUCAUGUUGGGCUCUUGCUUCAGCACCGAGAUGAUGCCAGUGUGGAGGAUUUGGCUAAGACAUGCAUUGCGCUUCGUGACCUUCAUCCUCAGCCAGAGAACAUCUCGUCAGAGGUGAAGACUAGCUUGCAGCUUGCAGCUGAGGCGUUGCUUCUCCGAGAACUUUCUGAACUGAGCCCCACACAGGCGAUUCAAGUUCUGAGCUCCAUGACUCACUGGGGGUUGGUGAACAGCGAGUUCCCACAGACCUCCAACGCUCCAGCGGACUUGAGCUGGACACUGGCACGUGAGCUAAAGGGCAAGCUGAGAAAUGCUGGUCGAGAGAAUGCAGAGGACUUGGCAGUGCUUGCAAUGGCACUGCUCGUUGGCGAAAUUCAACAUAGCGAACUGUGGCAGGAGCUGGUGAUCAACUUGGAGUUUGAGAUGCACCGAUUGUCGGCUUCGCAAGCAGCGACGGCUGCGUUUGCAGCGUCCAAAUUUGGCUAUCGUGGAGCAAAGCUCUUUGAGAACGCUGCUCGGCGACUGGCUGAAGAAGCUCAUAAGAUGUCGCCCAUUGACUGUGCCUAUGCAGCAGGUGCCUUUUUGCGUGGUCCAGCCGUUGUGGGAAAGAAGGUUUUGAAGGGAGCUAUUGGACAGCGAAUCUUGCAUUUGGGCUUCAGCAGCUUUGAACCCGAGGCGCUGACUUUGAUGCUGGAUGCCCUCAGCAGAGCUCAGCCUGGACUUGGGGGAGUGGAGACAAUGGCGAGCUCUUUGCUUGAGGAGCUCCACCCUCGGCUUGAUGAGUUCCAUGCGGACCAGCUUACCUCAAUCGCGAGGAGCCUGGGUUAUCUUCAGCCAGAAGAUUCACAGGUGCUGGCCGAGAUUCUGGAUGAAUGUCAAAGGCAAGUUGCCAUGGAGGCAGGCAUCUCACCGCGAAUGUUGGCCAAGCUGUGCCAGGGUAUCGCUAUGCAGCCUUCAAAGACCCUUCCGGAUGCUGGCAAGCGCCUAGCAGCUUUGCUGCCUCAGGUGUGCAACGCUUUCAAAGCAAAGCCUUCGGCGAUUUCUACAGUGCAACUCUUUUGGAGCUUGUCCAGAUGCGCUGCUGACUCCGGUGAGCGAGAUGCAGCUUUAAAGUUGGCUGACGAGCAACUGAGAUCAAGGGCAGAAAACCUGCCAGCUGCUUUGCUUAUAAACCUGGCAGAAGCUAUGGAGACCGUAGGAAGGACAGGAUGGGCUCCAUCAGCAGCAUUGGUCAAGAAGGUAUCCUCUCUCCUGGACAUGAAGCGUUACGAUUUGCAACCAGGCAAACUGUGGCGUGCUGCAAAAACCUUUGAAGCUCUGGGAGUGAAAGCCGAGGAAAAUGUCAGUUUGGAGUCUCGAGAUUGGCCGCAAAGUCACGGCCAAGAACGGAGGCACAAGAGCCAAGACGAGUAAAAUGUAGAGCAAGACGG